GCUAAUUUUGUAAUAAGAUUUCACUUUUCACAAUUAUAUUAACAAAAGUAUAAUCGUCCUGUAAUAAUCGCAUCAGAGGAUCUUUAACUGAAGGAUUGUUGUAGAGCUGUUUACCCUGUAUUUGAACUCUAAAGGGUUAACUCAAUCUAAAGGGGUUUUGAGUAUUGAUAUUUGCAAGAAUUUUGAAUAAAGAUUCCACUUUUGAUUUUAAUGUCUCAGACCAUUGUCCGUUGAAAUGAAUUUUCUUUUCAGAUCAGACCUUCACUUGCUGAAAGAAAUUAAAGCAAUGUUGAGUCGAACGAAUGUCAUCCUUCAUAGAUUUUGCUCGAGUAGUUCCGUAUUCAAGCCUGUGGCAUUCAAAUAUAAAAAAGCGGCGGCCGCCUUACCGGCAGAAACUACCGUCCGAAAAAACAACCAUCACUCGCCCAUAAAGCGGAGAAACUCUGGCGAAUACGAACCUAAACUUGAUGACCUGGCACAGCCAAUCACUGUAAUCAGUAGCCCUGUUCCUAGAUCUGUACCUAGCAACAUCGAGCGACGACCUAAAACUUAUGGGUUUAAUCAUAAUAGGAAACACGAUUUUGUGCCAAGAAGGCAAGGUCUUGAAGAGCAUCAGAGAUCUGACGAUUCGGCUGAAUUUCGUCCUCCGACCAAACGAAAUUAUGGGCCUCAGAAUACCAAGCCUAAUUCAGAAUACCAAACGAAUUUUUCUGGAAGAUUUGAACGUCCGAGUAAAUGGACAGAACAUGAAAAAUUUUUCAAACCUAGAAAAAAUUAUGGCAGGCGCUUACCUAAUGAUGGAGAAGUCGAAUCAGAAGAAGAUGCGCUCGCACUACGAGAGUUUGGCGACAAGGAACAUCUUUUCGGAAUUCAUCCAGUCCUACUUGCCCUCAAGGCAGGGAAGAGGGAAAUAUUUCGAGUUUAUUGUAAGAAAGAUCUAGAAAUUACUAACCGCCUUGUCGGUGAGAUUCACAGACUUGCUACGGAGCGCGGAAUUGAGUUCAUUUCGGUGGAAGGAAAAGUUUUCAAGCGCGUUUUUGACAAAGGGACUGUUCAUCAAGGGGUGUUUUGCUUCUCAGGCCUAUUGCCAGUCGACGUCUUUGACAUUGAAGAACUUCUUGGUGCGACAGAGGAAAAUUGUACCUCUGAUUCUUUCAAUUCUCUUUCAGAAUUACCGGAUGUGAACACAACAUUUCGGAAUGUGGUAAGAAACACGUCAACAAACCAAUAUGAAGAACAUACGGACCUUAAAACAAGCAACAUUACAAAUGAAGACCACACGAAAGUCACAAAGGAAGAAGAAUCUAUUAAAAUGAAUUAUCUAAAUGCAGAGGUAGAAGUCGAGGAUGGAGUGAACCGGGAUCUUAAAUCCAAACACACUUGGGAGCAUGAUCAAUACUCUACCUAUGCUCAACCAACUGUUUUGAAAGACGAAAAAUCAGAAAUUUCUUCUGAGAAGCACUCAACGACUGAUUUAAAAUGUGUGGAAACGCAAAAUGCAUCUGAAGAAAAUCCAGCAACCAUUUUGAAUGCUGACAAACGAGAAAAUGCAUCUGACGAUUACGUAGGUCCUAUUUCGAAAGCCGAAGAAAUGGAAAAUGCAUGUGACGAUCAUUGCAGCAGGAGUUUGCAGAGACCGCGGCCCGUAGCACAGAAGAGGCUGUGGGUUGUGCUGGACCAGGUGGUUGACCCCAUGAAUGUAGGGGCGGUUCUUAGGUCCUGCUGCUACUUCGGCGUGUCCAGGGUCCUUGUCACGCCGUCCUCGGCGGAACUGAAUCCAGUGGUGAGCAAAGCCAGCUCCGGAGCUGCGGAAUUAUUACACAUCAGUUUCCUGCCGCGUCCUUCUGUACAAUUAAAGCAACUCAAAGAACAAAACUGGCACAUCGUUGCUACAGCGCCUGCUACGGAACAUAAAACCGCACGGUCUACGGAUAAAAAUAACGGGGAUAAAUCACAGCACUUAGACUCCUUUGACGCAGAGAACUUUGCCUCUAGUGAAGCAUUAAGGAAGGUUGAUGCCGGAUAUGAACAUCAAAAUCUUAGAGAGAAUCAAAUGCGUCUUGAUGUUGGGGACUUUGUUUUCGACCGCGACACGGUUCUCAUCGUCGGGAACGAAGGUUCAGGCGUGCGUUCGUCCGUAUCCGCGAUCGCGGAAACUCUGCUGACGGUGCCUGCUCCGCGCGGCGCUGACGCGGCGCUGCAAGUGCCUUGUCUAAACGUCUCCACCGCAACGGCCGUCAUCCUGCACGCCAUCACUUCUUCUGCCACGCCUUGAUCUUUGAGUAAAAGAAUUUCGCAAAUUUCUGGCUUUUUGAUUUGUUUUUUUUUUCGGGCAGGGUG